AUGUCGUCCCGCAAUUUGAAUGUACGCCCAACCGCAACGCACAGAUCCGUGAGGAAUAACAAUGACCCAUUCGACAUCUCCGGUGCUGGUUGGGUCAGUCUCGAGAGCAAGUUCAAUGAGCUCAUGCGGUUGAUGGACGCACCAGCCAAUGGCAUCAACGCACUGGCAGCGCGUGCCGCACACGGCGAGCGUGUUUCCACUGUUAUUGAACAGCUCCUGGACCGCGCCCAGGCAGAGAGUCGCAGACUGUUGGUGGAGGGCAACGGUGAGGCGGCUGCAGAAGCGGGAGUUAAAACACUGCGGCUGAAAGAACGAUUCUAUGGGAAGGCGAGUUUGAAGCUUGUGCCAGCCUACCUCCACCUGGCGCGCACAAACCAGUUUUUAGGACAGUACGGGAACGCUGAAGAGAUGCUGUCGCUUGCUCAUUUCAUUAUCCUCAACCACUCGGAGGACGUUGAUACGUCGAUGAAAGCGGAGCUCCACCAAACAUUUGGUCUUUUGUACGCCGCAGACAACAAGCUUGAGGCGGCUGUGAAGCACUUGACGUCUGCCACGUAUUACCUGAGCUUGCUGAAUGGACCGGAGCACGUGCUGACGACCUUUGGUUUUUUUGACCUCGCCAACGUUUUCGCGACGCAGGCCAGCAUGGAGGCAGCAAUGGCGCUCUACGACACGGUAAAAAGCAUAUGGCUGAGGCACAUGCGUCAUGUGCUCAAGGAUAUUGUGGACGAGGCGAUGGCAGCAAAGGCUGUGAAGCGGUACGAGGAUGAUGAGGUGGUGCAUAAUGUGGGCUACGCUUCUGCGAGGGCCUUUGGGAAAGAAAACUUGACUGACGUGUCAAAGAUGUUGCAUGGUAUUUAUAGCAUCCAGAAGGAACGUUUCUCCAACGCGCACCCGACAACGGCACGCGCACAACUCGUCUUGGGUCUGUUCCUUCUCUGGGUGAACAAGAAGGAGGAGGCAGGACAGCAUUUACGCUCUGCGCGGGUGAUGAUGCAGCGCUUUCACGGUGACAGGCACCCGGUGGUGCAAGAGGUAGAGGAAUGGUGUGAAUGGUUUGAGAUACCAAUCGAAGGGGAUAAACCAGAUCAACUUCAACCCCAGGCACAGGCGCAAGUACAAGUACAACUGGAGGCGCAAGCGCAACAACCGGACCAAAAUCCGCAGCAAUAG